AUGGAUAUUGAAGUUUUAAAGAGAUCAAAGAUUUCCAAUGAGAAAGCUUUAGAGUUGUUAUCAAAGUUCAAUGUAGAGCGUAAACAACAAAACGAUCACAAGUUGUUCAUCACCGGUAACGGUGGAAACGACGACUUCUUCCAGAUCAUAUCGAACAAUCUACAACACUUUCAAAAGUAUCUCUCAAAAUCGAUCUACGGUGACACCGAUGCCAACGAGCAGCUCUCGCUAGAGAAUGCCGAGGAUGGCGGUGUCGAAGCGAGCAACCAAUCGAUGAUGGAGAUCGAGGGAAACGACCCGGCCGGUGGUAGCGGUGUCGGUGGUGACGCCAACGGAAUCGGUGGUGCCAACGGUAAUCAUCAUCACCAUAGAAAGGGUAGCGAUAAUACACCACCCGUUCCACUGGACGAACUGGUAACAACACCACUGAAAUCCAACAACUACGAGACAGACGACGGUGACAUCUCAGAGAGAAACUCUGACUAUGGCGGUGGUAGCUACAACAAGAGAAAGAAGGAAAAGGCACAAAAAUCUGAUUCAGAGUCAGACUCUGACGAGAGCGACGAAGAGAACUCAUCGGCUUCCACAUCGGGUGCAUCCAGUGACACCAAGAAUAAAAAGAUUAAAUUAGACAAUAGCAAUAGUACAGAUAGUAAAAAGAGUAAAAAGGAAUCAUCAGAUUCAGAGUCAGAAUCAGAGUCAGAGUCGGAGUCAUCAGAGUCAGAGUCAGAGUCAGAAUCAGAUAAAUCAUCAAAAAAGAAAACAAAUAAUAACAACAGUAAUAGUAAAUCAAAGAAAUCAUCAUCAUCAUCUUCAUCUUCUUCAGAAUCAGAAUCAUCAAGUAGUGAAAGUGAUUAA